UUAAAAACUGUUAGCAAAUAAAGCCAAAAAUGAGAAGAAAAUCUGGUCCCCCAUAAGUAAUUUGCUUGGGGCAGCUGAUAUCUCAUUCCAUUUGUUCCGUGAAAUUGGUUGUUCUUAUUGCAGGUAUUGUAUAAAGGACUUACUGAUAGGAAGUAGGGUGAUAAUGGAGUGUGCAGUUGUGGGCAAGUUUUUUUCCCCAUUCUUUUCAAGUUCUAGGAGCGUAGUGGUGGAAAAGAGGAAGCUGCCGAGUCUCCACAAGAAAAUUAAAUUCUGCUCCUCCAAAUUUAAGAUGAAAGCUAUUCAGGCUGAGACCCAUCUCUCACAAGAGGCAGAGUUGCAGGCUGAAAAACGAGGAAGUUCAACUGGUGUUGGUGUUGGAGAACUUAUCUGGCCUUCUCCUAGUGAUGGAACCCCCUUUUGGAAAAAGGACUUCCCUUCUUCGGGUGUUAGCCCCGAAGCUCCUGCUGACGUAAAGGAUUCUGAUCCCAAGCACAUCAUUCAUGUUACAGCUGAAAUGGCACCAAUAGCAAAAGUUGGUGGCCUUGGUGAUGUUGUGACUGGACUUGCUCGUGCAUGUCUGUCACGUGGACAUACAGUGGAUAUAAUGCUCCCUUUCUACGAAUGUAUUCAGAAGCAGCAUGUCAAAGACUUGACAGUAAUCACCAAAUAUAACUCUUAUCAUGAUGGAAACUGGGUCCCAACUAAUGCAUAUCGUGGGGUAGUUUCCGGGAUCCCAGUAAUAUUUAUUGAACCAUCCAACCAGUUUUUUAAGGGGCAGUAUGUAUAUGGGGGUUCAUUCAAUGAGCUGGAGGCAUAUUUGUUCUUUAGUCGUGCUUGUCUUGAAUGGAUGCAGCAGGUGACUUCAACACAACCCGAUAUCAUUCAUGUCCAUGAAUGGCAGACAGGAGCUUUACCGCUGCUUUAUUGGGAUAUUUACCAUCAUCUCUCACUCAAGAAGCCAAGAAUAGUGUUGACAAUCCACAACAUGGAACAUUAUGGGGAGUGUAGCAAAGAGCAACUCAGCAAGAGCGGUCUUGAAGGAUCUGUAUAUGCAUCCAUCGACAAGGCAGUUGAUGAUCGAACUAUAGGCCACAAUCCUGAGAGACUGAGCUUACUGAAAGGUGGAAUUGUGUACAGCAAUGCAGUAGUCACAGUCUCUCCAACAUAUCUCAAGGAAACCUUAUGCACUGGAUGGCUUGCAAGCACCUUAUUGAGGAAUCGGGAUAAAUACUACGGUAUUUUGAACGGGAUAGACACUACAAUGUGGAACCCUGCUACUGACAUCUUCUUGCCUGUGAAGUUCAAUGACCAAAAGCCUGAGGGAAAGAAGUUUUGCAAAUACUAUGUUCAAAGGGGGCUUGGUUUGGCUUCAGAAGGCACUCAAGAUGGUAACCAUGUGCCAGAUAUAACAUACAAGGCACCUUUAGUUGUCUGCAUUACUCGACUAGUCCCACAGAAGGGUCUUCAUUUGAUUUCUCAUGCAAUCAAGUGCAUUGAAGAACUUGGUGGACAGAUGGUCAUACUUGGGAAAGCCUCAGAUGUUCAAGUUGAAACAGAAUUUGAAUGUCUUGCAAAAUUGCAUAACCAAGGUCCUUGCAUCCGAAUCCUAUUGAUGUUUAGUGAGGAGCUGUCCCACAUGCUCUAUGCUGCAGCAGACAUGGUGCUAGUUCCUUCCAUAUAUGAGCCUUGUGGACUCACCCAAAUGAUUGGAAUGCGUUAUGGAGCAGUCCCAGUUGUAAGAAAGACCGGUGGUCUUGCAGACACAGUUUUUGAUAUGGAUGAUCAGUCGAACCACAACAGAGCCAAUGGGUUUGUCUUUGAAGGAAUUGAUGAAGGAUCCUUAAACUGUGCUCUGGACCGGGCAUUUAUGUACUACAGAGAGAAACCAGAUGAAUGGAAUGGCAUUUUAAAGAAAGUAAUGGAAGUUGACAAUAGCUGGAACAACACAGCUGGGAAAUAUGUUGAGCUUUACAACUCAAAAAGCGUUAGAUUGUGAUGGCACGCAGGAGAUGGUGCUUCAUUAAUGCCUGUUCAGUGUCAGAGUCUUCUGUAUGGAGCAAUGUGCCUGUUACAGAACCGUGUGCACCUAUUCGAAUGCGUGAGUCCACCUUCCGCUUGGACUUGGAGAAUAGGAAGGACACAAUUCUCCAUCACCACUGUCAACUACUUGCUUUUAUCAUUCCACAUACACGUAUCGUGGAGAAUAACUUUCGAGUUCAAUUCCUCUUGUAUAUUGCUGCUUACAUAACUGCUCCACAAUCCGAUGACUCAGAUUUAAGUGCAUACUUGUGCAAACCUAGUGCAGUUUACCUCUUUAAACUAGAGAGCUGAAUGGAGCUAUAAUUAUGGUUGAGUAUGUCCAAGCGAGUUUAAAGCUUGGCCAGCAGGUAGUUGAGUAA